CCGUCAAAUAGACAGCGGCAGUGCGUUUCGAGUGUACUUAUGUUAAAAAUCUUAUUUUUUCUCCUAUAGUAAAAUUAUAAGUUAUUUCAAAGAAAUAUUCAAUAUUAGUCUAUUCUUAUAAUAUAUAAUGGGUAAACAAGGUUUCGUUGCCAUAGUUAAAGAUUUUUAUUACGACCCUUUCAAAUGGUCACUUGUGAAGAGUGUCGGAUUUUUCGCAUUUGGUGUCGCCAUCGCGAGCGAGUGCACCGGCCUUGAAGUGAUGCCCGCCGUUCCACAAUAGUCAAAUUAACAAUACAAAAUAUUAGAAAAAUAACGUUAAAAUGCUAAAUUAUUUACUAAUAACGUUAUGCCUAGCACAUGUUGCUGUGUGCCAAGAUCAGAAUCCAAAUAUUGUCGUUAUUUUAACCGACGAUCAAGAUGUCGUGUUGGGCGGCAUGAAUCCAAUGAAGAAUGUCCAUCGCUUCAUUGGAAAUGAAGGGACGACUUUUACGAAUUCCUUUGUCACGUCUCCGAUAUGUUGCCCAAGUCGAGCCAGUUUCCUCUCCGGCCUUCACGUGCACAACCACAUGACCUGGAACAACAGCGUCAGUGGUGGCUGUUACAGUCGCACCUGGAGAAAACUCGAAACUCGGACCUUUGCUACCGCUCUGAAAGAUUCUGGAUAUAAUACGUUCUACGCUGGGAAAUAUUUAAAUGAGUAUGGUGUCCAUGCGACUGGCGGUCCCGAACAAAUCCCACCGGGAUGGAGCGAGUGGCACGGCUUAGUUGGCAACUCCGUCUAUUACAACUAUACCAUAUCAAAUAAUGGCGUGCCCACAUAUUCUACUGAUCUAUACCUCACUGAUAUAAUUCGAGACUUAAGCUUGAACUUCAUAGAAAAUCAGACAGAGUCGCAGCCUUUUCUCAUGGUGCUGGCGCCCCCCGCACCCCACCAGCCCUUCACUCCUGCCCCGAGACACCAGGGUGUCUUCAGCAACGUCACCACUGUCAGACACCCAAACUUCAAUAUAGCUGUCAAUGAUAAGCACUGGCUCCUGUCUAUGCCCCCUGCACCAUUGCCCGCUGAGAUGAUACCAGACCUGGACAAAGUAUAUCGAAGCCGAUGGGAGAGUCUCUUGGCUGUUGAUGAAAUGGUCGCAGAUGUUGUCGAAGCUUUAGAUUCCAACUCCCUCUUGACCAACACCUACUUAAUAUAUACGUCGGACAAUGGAUACCACAUUGGACAAUUUUCUCAAGUUUACGACAAGAGGCAACCAUAUGAGACUGAUAUUAGAGUACCACUCCUCAUAAGAGGUCCUAAAGUACAAAAAAAUGUUACCAAUGACCAACCAGUCUUAAACAUAGACUUAGCGCCGACGAUAAUGGAGCUAGCUGGUCUAUUACCACCAAAGAGUUUAGAUGGAAAACCUAUAAACUUUGAUGCUUUGAAUAAGGACUUCGAGCGGAAUAUGCUCGUUGAAUACUAUGGGGAAGGGAGGGACGGUACUGUGGAUCCGAGUUGUCCUUGGAAAUAUGAUAGCGAUAAUCUUGCUCAAUGUUACCCGGAAUACGAUUGCAAAUGUCAAGAUUCCAAAAACAAUACAUUCGCCUGUUUGCGACACAUAUCAAACCGAAUAAACAAGAAAUAUUGCAGUUUCGCUGAUUCGGAGAAUUUCACAGAAAUGUAUGACAUAGACAACGAUCCUUAUGAACUGACGAACAUUAUAGACAAAGAGUUACCAUCAGUGAAACAUUGGUACAAGCUAAUGUUGUCACAAAUGAUUACCUGCAAGGGAUACAGCAACUGUGACAACCCGCUUCAACAACCCAAAAUAUAUGGAUAAGCAACUAACAUAUAAUAGUGACACUCCAGCUCAUUAUGAUCCAGAAUACAAAUAUGCAUUUCUAAUGAAUUCAUCAAGUAUUUACUCUUGGGAAUCAUAUUUUAUUAUUCUGAUUAAUUAGUUACCUUUAAAAAUAAAAUAAAAACGUAGAUUAGCUGAGUAGGUAUCGACUCACAUUUAUUUAAUCACAUAUUUAAACGUGAUGUAUUACUGUGCUGUGAAUUGGGAAUGAGCCAAAGUAAUAAGGACUGAUGCCUUAGAACGCAUAUAGUUUAGGGCAUUAUUUGGAAAGCCAAAUCGUAGUUACAGUGGGUUCGCUAUUUUGAGGCCCCAUCAGAGUAUGGAUUGACCUCAGGUGAUAUGUCUAGAUAGUAUGUUACCCCAAUUAUUAAAAAUAACUAUAU